UUCCUUCUAUCGAAAUAACCUUGAAAGUUUUGAUUGCCUGUUUCAAGUUUCAAUUUAUCUAUAAAACCACUUACACCGUUAAGGAGAGAUCCGCUAUCAUUUCAAAGGUCAUACUCUGGGUCACUUUAUCACUUACAAUCAUCAGAUCCAACUGCAAGUCAUAAAGUAUCACCACUUAACCUAAACGUUGGGCGCUUUCGUAAUAAUAUUGAAGAAUUUCUGUGAGUGAGCAGUGCGAGAUAAACAACGGAAUCGAUAGGAGACUCGUCUGACAUCAAACUAUCAAAUAAAUAAAUCCUUUACACAACCAUGACGCAUAUAGUGGAUUUGAGAUCAGAUACAGUGACGAAGCCAACAGAUGCCAUGAGACAUGCCAUGGUAAAUUCGGCUGUAGGAAACGAUGUGUAUGGUGAGGAUCCCACAGUCAAUGCCCUGGAGAGGAAGAUCGCCACCAUGCUGGAUAAGCAAGCAGCCCUGUUUGUUCCCUCGGGAACCAUGGCUAAUCUUAUAGCCGUGAUGGUGCACUGCAGCCAACGAGGCUCUGAAGCGCUGGUGGGAAAUAUGUCACACAUUUUCAAGUAUGAGCAAGGAGGGGCAGCUCACUUAGGUGGAGUCUUAUUGACAACUCUUGAGAACAAACCAGAUGGAACUUUUGACCUGGACGAGUUUGAGAAGCGCAUCCGAGGGUCCGAUAUUCAUGAGCCACUUACUGCAAUGAUUGCUGUGGAGAAUACCCACAACUAUUGUGGGGGCAAGGUAUUACCGCAAUCCUGGCUAGACGACCUCUACGCCCGGGCUACCAAGCACUCCAUCCCAGUGCACAUGGACGGCGCUCGUCUGUUCAACGCGUGCGCGGCGCAGCGCUCUGAGCCAGCGACUGUGGUGCGCGGCGCCGCCAGCGUGUCCAUCUGCUUUAGCAAGGGACUGUCUGCCCCGGUGGGGUCUGUGCUUGUGGGCGACUGCCAUUUUAUUCAGAAAGCGCGUCGCCUACGCAAGAUGCUGGGCGGCGGCAUGCGGCAGGCGGGCGUGCUGGCCGCGGCGGCGCUCGUGGCCCUGGAUGAAGUGGUGCCGAAUCUAGAGCAUGACCAUCGCCGCGCGCAGGUGUUGGCUACAACAAUCAAAAGCCUCUGCCUCAAAAACUUCACGGUCGACCUUCAAAAUACUCAAACUAACAUCUUGCUCGUGCGGAUACCGGAGUCUUCUCCCAUAACUGCUGACAAAGUGGUGCAGAGGCUCGCACAAGUUUGCCUCUCAGAGACACAGGGCGACUGCAAAACGGCUGAUGAUGAAGGUGUCAUAGUAAAAGCGAUUUACUUCAAUUCUAAGACCAUAAGGUUUACAUUGCAUUGCGGGAUCGAGGACGAAGAUCUGUGGCUCGCUAUUAUGAAGAUCACGUUCGUUUUUAAGGAGUUCGAAGCUAGUGUUUAGGUGAAGGAGUUAGAAAUGCUCUCGUUAAUAGAAGUAUAGAAAAAAACAUGAACAAAAUUAAGUCACAAAUUGCUGUAAAACAGUAAGUACAUAAUAGUUAGGAACAAUUUUAUAUUGCAAAAAAGAGGGUCCCAUUUCCAUGUCUCUCUGAAGUUACUUUUUACCUAAUAUGUACCUAUAAAUCUAUGUGAUGAAAUUAUGGUUGAUCGUGUUACAUGAAAAUAUGUAUGUAAGUUAUGAAUUAUGAUGCACUCCAAUCUGAUUCUUAUGACACAUAAAUUUAGAAUGAUUCGUUAAGCAUUGCUAUCAUCAGAUACUUGACUUGAUGAAAUCAAGUGCCAUGAAGUAGCCAUUUUUAAGUGCCUUGUACGUGUAUGAAGUAAUAGUUAUGUAGCAAAAUAUUUUAUAGUAAGUAGUCGUAAGACCUAUAGUAUAUUAUCUUAAAUCAAGUUUAAACACGAUUGUGUUAUGUUAUAAAUAUUGUAUGACUUAAAUCUAACAAAAUAACAUUAU